AUGUCUGGCCGUUUAACAGCACUGAUGCAGAGCCAAAGGACAAGUGAAGACAUCCGUGAGCGUAACGGGCCGGACAAAGACCUUACGCACAUUAUCAUAUUAUUUCGCUAUUCCAAACCUGUAAUCAUUUCUGUUAAGCUUUCAAUCUCUUUCCUUUUUAACUCCCUUUCUUUAGCCAUCAUUAUUUGUAUCUCUUUCUUUUUCAUGCAUUUGAUUCUAGAAUUUCACUUACAACUACAACGUACUGGCUUUCUGUUUUUUUUCUUUUUCUUUGUUUUUUUUUUUUCCUUUCUUUUCUUUUCUUUAUUCUUUUUUCUUUAUUUGUUUUUCUUUAUUUCUUUUUUAUUUCCAUAUUUUCUUAUUUCUUUUUGGCUAUUUCUAUUUUCUUUCUUUCUCUUUUCUUUUUUUUUUGACAUUUUUUCUUUAUUUCUUUUAUGUUAUUUCUUUUUUCGUUAUUUCUUUUUCAUUUCCAUUUUUACUUAUUUUUUAUUUGUUUCGUUUUCUUCCUUUUCUUUUUAUUAUUUCUUUUUUUUCUUUUCCGUUAUUUCUCUUGAUGUUUUUCUUUUUUUAUUGUUUUUUCUUUUUCACUUUUUAAAAUUUUUUUGCUAUUUCUUAUAA